AUGACACGCCCCCGCUACUCCUACACCCCAGAAGUCCGACAUUCAGGAAGGGAGUUUAGUAGCGAGUCUGAAUUUCAUUCCCACGUACGCAGAGCGAUUAUCGACUCAGCACACCAUCAAGAGUUGGUCUACACUGAGGUCAUCCCACUCUGGGGUGAGAACAUCGUGCGAUUCCUGAACGAAGCCAUCGAGGAAAAAAAAUACCUGUCCGCAAUCGAGUUCUUUCAACCACCAUAUGCAGGUUCCAGGAAGGAGCCCGACCUCUUCAUACGCGCUGACAGACUCAGUCCUAAUAACCUGCAUCCCUAUCCCAACACGGAUAGAGACAAUGCGGUACUACUAGAGCCGCCGCCAGUGGGUGAUCAUGAAGAUGAAUUGGAAAAGAUGAAAUUGGAAAUGGGAGUUCUAAAGGAGAUGCUGAGGGCAAGGAGAAGAUCAGAACGAAAUUAA